CUCUCGACCUCCAACCCCUCGAUACAAACCCUCCUCCGCCGCCGCCACCACCACCGCGCGAGGAGACCAGCCGCCAACCCCGGCGAGCGAAGAUGAAGACGAUCCUGGCGUCGGAGACGAUGGAGAUCCCGGAGGAGGUGACGGUGAAGGUGUCCGCCAAGAUGGUGUCGGUGACGGGCCCCCGCGGGACGCUCACCCGCAACUUCAAGCACCUCAACCUCGACUUCCAGCUGCAGGAGGGCGGCCGGAAGCUCAAGGUUGACGCCUGGUUCGGCACCCGCCGCACCAUGGCCGCCAUCCGCACCGCCAUCUCGCACGUCCAGAACCUCAUCACCGGCGUCACCAAGGGCUUCCGCUACAAGAUGCGGUUUGUGUAUGCUCACUUCCCCAUCAACGCCUCCAUCAACUCCGGCAACAAGGGCAUCGAGAUCAGGAAUUUCCUCGGCGAGAAGAAGGUGAGGAAGGUGGACAUGCUCGACGGAGUGACCAUCCUGCGGUCCGAGAAGGUGAAGGAUGAGAUCGUCCUCGACGGCAACGACAUCGAGCUCGUCUCUCGCUCCGCUGCCCUCAUUAACCAGAAAUGCCAUGUGAAGAAGAAGGAUAUCAGGAAGUUCUUGGAUGGUAUCUACGUCAGCGACAAGGGUGCAAUCAAGGAGGAGUAGGGAGCUCCAUUCCAGGCAUAGACAAUAGUUAAAACCAUUUUGGGGACUGUUGUCAAGAACCGCAGUUUCAGUGCUGCUGUGUCUCAGUAUCUAUGUGCUGCAAUUUUGAAUUUUCUUAGACUGAAUUUUGUAGUGACUUAAGUAGAAUGUGCAAUGGAACAUGUUAUCGUUA